AUGAUGAGUCAGAUACUGUCUCGUACUCAUCAGAGUAGGCCGAGUCUAGCCAGAGCUGCCACCGGAGACGGCUUGGACGUGCAGCAUGAACUGCACAGUCUCGAUGACAUUGCUUCCUCUCGACCGGUUGCAUUGAGUGAGCUCUGGAACAGAGCAACCUUGCGUGGCAAGGUCACAAAGCCAUUGAAGCCCCUGCAGAUUGGUGGUAGACAGAUUCACGAUGGCAAGGAGAUCUCAACUGACACUGAAUCUAUUGCUGUUGCACAAUGCAAGCCUCGUGCUCGCCUUGCUCCGAUGCACCGCUCUUAUAUCGAGGCGGGUCACUACAAUGGUCAACAAACCGAAAUAUUGCAACGCUCCCGUAUUCGUUCGGAAGCAUACUAUCCGGCAUACGCACAUGAGGCGAAAGAGUACCUCUGGCAUGAAAAGGCUGAUGGUCAUGUUCAGCAGAACCCGCUAAGCUACUGCGACGGCUACGAUCCUUCCUAUCUUCAGUGUCUCCGCCAUGAUCAUCGCAGCGUAUCAGAUGGGCUUUUCUACAAACAUCAGAACUUCUUGCAAUCCGAACAUGCGACCUGGCCUGCAGAACCAUGUGCGGCCCCCAACAACACUCGCGUUGCCUCCUACGAGCAAUGCCCCGUCGCUGAUCACCAGUACAUACCGGAGUCGUACAUUGAGCUCCCGCAUGGCGGCAUCAGAAAUAGAGAUGAUCUGUCGGGAUAUGUGUCGCUGGAGGGUCCAGACUACCAUUAUAGCCAGAGAGACAUUCAUGGGGCGGCCCUCCCAAUUGAGAAUGCGUAUUCCGACCAAGCCCAGCUCAAUUAUACCAGCCACGACUCCGUUCAAGCCGAUUCAGAACUUCUAGAGGUCGUCCGUCAAAAGCUUCUGAGAAAGAUCUCUAGUUCAGCUCGGGCAGAGGGUUCAGGCCCUGCUGAAGUUCAGGCUCCCGACCCUGUUCGAGUUUCCUUACCAUCUCAUGACAGGAAGCCAAGCUCUGCUGAGAGCGAUUCGUCCAAAGCUAGCAGCAGACGAUCGAUCAAAGAAGAGGCAACUGCCUUCCUUCAGAGCGUCGUUGAGAACUCUCACUUGGAUGCCAAAGGAAUCAGCUCCCAGGAUCUGACUGUGCAGUCCGAGGAAUAUGCUGUUGCUCGGCUCCAACAAGGAAGUCACGAAGCAGAAUACGUGAAAUCACCGUCUGUUGGCAUGUGUGACCGUCAUGCAAGCAUGGAGAACGCACGCCCAAUCAACGAACAGGUCAACCUUGGAGACAAAGGUACCAAUUCUCUUUUGAACGUGGGCAAUAAUGAACACCUUCCUCGCAACACGAAUCAUCGUCUUGUUCAUAGGGGAGAUAUAGCAAAGGACAAACAAGAGAACCCUUACGAUAAGCUGCUUAUAGCUAACAGCAAGGCUGUUCCACCUCCACCGGGGCUUCCCAUACCCUUGGAACCACAGAGGACGACCGAUUUUCUGCUCUUCAAUACCCUGGCACCAAACAGAGCUAGGCUUGAGGAAGCGAAUUCCUGGUUUCAUACCGAUAACCGAGGUGCCAGUGAGCUCCGGCAGCUGGUCUCAUCCAUCGCUUAUGAUCACGUUGAGAGAGAAGCAUUGCUUCGCGGCACUUCUCGCCCCACUCCAGAGACUACAACUGCAUGGCAGACGACACUGCUUCUGGGAAAUGUUAUUGCCAAUCUUCAAUUGCAUGCAUCCAGUGAUCCUGCCAAACAGGCAGACUACUUUUCAAAUUACGGAGUGGUCGACUCGGCCUGUUGCGAGCCUAGCCACGGCGGACGCCGCAGUUAUUUCUUUCAGGACCCUGCAGUUACCCAUUGGAAACUUCCAACCGAUCGAGCCACCCCGGAAACGAGAAAGGAGUCAGAAGAUGAACUUGCCGGGCCUCGAGUCUACGGCCAGCCUUCUGGUACUUGGUAG